GGGCCAAGCAUCGCGAUCCGCUACCCAAAUUUCUUUCCCCCCCCUCUUCUCUCUCUCUCUCUCACACGCCCACACACCCACACACCCACACACCCACACACCCACACACACACACACACACACACACACAGUUGUUCGCAGGUGUGUGGCGCAGUGUGCUACUCCUUCAUCACGUCCUCUUCCACGAUAGCUGAUUGCAGGUAGGCCGAGGGCUUGCCGCGGCAGGCGCCUGCAUUUGCCCGCGCCUGUGGCCAUGGCUGCGCCUGCUGCUUCUGCCUCUGCUUCCGCUUCCGCUUCCAUGCUCUGUGCGCGGGGAACGCCCGCCGCUGCUGUCCAUGGCGUAACGCGCGAGUACGCCCCGGCUUCUUCUUGCGCCGGCUCGAUCCGUGACUUGGACUUGGUUGCGCAGGACACGUCAUCGAGGCUGACGCCUCGCUCUGGCGAUGGCUAUGGCUAUGGCAAUGACAAUGGCAAUGGCUUCUUCCUGGUCGCCGGAGGAAAGCAGCAGCUUCGACGCUCCUCCUUCCUGCCAAUUCUCCCAUCGGCUCUCUCGGCGGGCAGCUGGUCCCGUGGAUUGGCCGUUCCAUUGUGGGGACCGGGUGCCACGGGGCGCAUGGCCGGGAAGAAGCGGAGAGCGCUGCGGGUUCGCGCGGUGGCUGGCUCGUCACAGUCAGGUGCAGGGCCGUCCACCAGAGAGAACAAAGGCCUGCCUUUUGGCCUUGGCCAACUGAACCGCAGCAAGAAAGAGAGCACCAGAGAAUCACAGCGUGAUGAUGGGCUUGUCUUUGUGGCAGGUGCAACAGGACGUGUUGGGGUACGACUUGUCAGGGUGCUGCUCAAACUCGGCUUCAGAGUUCGUGCUGGUGUGAGGAGCAAGGACAAGGCGCUGCCACUUCUUCAGGCGGCGCGGACGUAUAACCUGAUCACUGCUGAUCAGGAAAGGUUGCUGGAGAUAGUGGAGUUCGACUUGGACAACGUGGAGACCCUUCCUCUUGCUGUUGGGAAUGCUGGCAAAGUGGUUUGUACAGUGGGUGCUGCUGAAACUGCCGGUAUAACAACACCCUACCAAGUGGACUACAUAGGGACAAAGAACCUUAUUGAUGCAGCUGCAAAACUGAAAGUUAGCCAAUUUGUCCUCGUUUCGUCGCUGGGAACUGGAAAGUUUGGACUGCCAGCUGGAAUACUCAAUGUGGAACUUUCUGGCUCUCAAUGUGAUUGUGCAAUCUGGAUUCUGUCAUUUCGCCUUCGCUCCUUUUCCUUGCAAUUUGGUAUCAGAGCUGGUUCUAACUACAGUUGCUGGUUCCUUGCAAUAGCAGUUCAGUGCUUCGCAUGUGAUGGUGGGGGUGAUAACGCUUGGGCGUUGAACGAGCGGCGGCCCAGGGUCGUGUGGGCGUUGGCCAAGGCUAUUGACCCGUUGGUCGACCGGCAGACACAUCUAGACCAAUCGAUUCUCUGUUCGAGAGAUGUGUCUGAGUCCUUAGAAGAGUUAGAAGUUGAGUGGUCAGGAAAGGACCACAGAGACUCUUGGGCGAUGAUUAGUAGAGGUCCUAAAUGUGAACAUUUCGUGGUAGAGGUUGAUGUAGGUGGCCGCAAAGUGGGUGUCUUCUUACACAUAGGCUCUACACGGAACUUCAUCAGUCGUCCUUGUGUGGAUAGGUUGCGCUUAGGGGACCAAGUGCAGCGGCUGAAUAGAUCUUUAGCAUCCACUUUAGCCAACAAGCACAACAUAGUAGUCCAAGACUAUGUCAAGGACAUAGUCUGCACCUUCUCCUAUGGAGGAGGGGAUCUGAGACACGAGAUCUCGUUCCUUGUGAGCGACGAGUUGCCAUUCGAUAUGCUGCUAGGUAUGUACUACCUCGAGGUCGCAAAGCCACAAUUCGAUUGUGAUAGAAUGCAAUAGUAUAAAGCUAGCAGGCUAGUGGAGAACUAUGGCCGCAUGUGUGCUUCAUCCUUCUAUAACUAUUAUAAGCAAAAUCGAGAGGA